AUGGUCUCAUACUUCAUCCUCCCAAUAUUCCUGUGUCUCCUCAUUUCAAUCCGGAUUCACCCUCUCCACAUCUUUCCUGGCUAUGACAAUAAACCGCAGACCUACCCUUGGGUUAUCCUGAAUUCCGGACUCCAAAUAUUCCCUGUGUCGGAGGGUCUCCUCAGUAUCUCUCUGCAGAUGUUCACUGUGGUAGUGUGUGCAAAUUAACUAUUUAAUUGUUAAAUUACAGAGAUAAAUUCAGUCACUGUGGUUAUCACAGCAAUAUCUGGAAUCAAUCAUUUUCCUGAUAUUACAAAUGUAGCACUGAUCAUUGGAGUCCAGGUUGAUUAUUACGACAUUUGCCAGAUGAUUCCCAGACAGCAGUUCAUGGCAGAAUCCUGUGAUGUGAAAUACAAGGAGCAUCGCACAAGCCUGGUGAAUGCAUGGUCAGACAUGGCAAAGGAGAAUCAGGAUCUGAUCACGAAGAUUAUGAACCAGACAUCCGGAAUUAACACAUUCCAGUGGAUGCGGACUGUUGAGCUCACCAAUGACAGCUCCGUGAAAAGAUCGAUGAGAUUUGGAUUUGAUGGAAAGGACUGCAUUAGUUUACAGCCAGACAGAAUGAGAUGGGUUGCAUCAAAUCACUUUGCAGUGAAGACUACCGAGAAAUGGAAUUCUGAUAAAUCCUGGAACAAAUUUUGGAAGGCAAAUUUGGAAGAAGCGUUUGUUCAGCAUUUUAAAAGUUACUUUCAAGCUGGAAAGGAAUAUUUUGAAAGGAAAUUUCAGCCCGAAGUGUUCAUCUCCAGGAGUGAACCCAAUCGUCAGGACAAGCUGCUCACUCUCUCCUGCCUGGUCACUGGAUUUUAUCCUGUAGGCAUCGAGGUGAUCUGGCUAAGGAAUGGAGAGGUCAUGUCUGAGACACAAUCCUUGGCGAUUCGACCGAACCACGAUGGAACUCAUCAAAUCCUGAAAGAGAUUGAAAUCAGUGCUGGGGAUGAGGAUCAAUAUUCCUGUCGAAUUGAACACAGCAGCCUGGCAGAGACCAAGCUGUAUCAGUGGGAUUCUCAAAGUGGGACCUACACAACAGCUCGCACUCCAUUGCAGGAGAUUCACGGAUCCUCAUCGAGGAAUAACGGGAUUCUCAAAAUCCAAUGUUACAAUGGACAUCAUUGUGCAUCCUUCGAUAGCACAGCAGAGACACAGAGUUACAGCUCUUUCUUCACACCCAUUUCUUUCAGGACUGAUACACUGGCUGGAGGUGGUGGUGGGGUGCAGGGUGUGGAGGUUACUGUCAGCCACCGAGAGAUUGAACAGGGAUAUGGAGCAGGCACUGAGCCCUGGAUCACAGAGGGAAGUGAGGCGACACUGGUUUGA